AUGCAGCACACGCGUGAAGAUGUAUCUAGAAUAAGGCUAAGUUGGGCCUUUUGUUUUUAUUUUAUUCUUUUUUGUCGUUUUCGGCUUUCUGACUUAACGACAUCGUUUUCUCUUAUCCCAAAACCCCUACACCAACUCCACCUUCUUCUUCCUCCGCUUGGUGUGAAAUUACCAGACUCCUCCCUUUCAAUCUUCAGUGAUAAUACUAGAAACUUCUAUGGCGGCGGCACCAACAGCUUCAGCUUCAACAGCUUAUCUUUGUUCAUAUGCUUCUCCUCAUCGCCCAUCCCUUCCUUCAUCUUCUUCAAAUUAUUUCCAAACCCAUUUUCCUUGAAACCCAUUUCCUCCAGAGGCUUUUGUUUUUGUUUGCCCAAAAAUGCAAACAUUCCGGUAAUCAAUAACAACAGCAGCAGGAGAUGCCGAUUUCUUAAAGCUUCUCAGUCACAAUCCGAAGACUCCGCUUCCGAAACUGAUGAUGAAGAUGAGACUCCUCUCAGUAAAACAGAAGAGGAAGCGGACCAAGAACUUCCUUCAAGAUUGGAGUCUACUAUCUCAGCUUAUAAGGAGGCCAUUUUAAAUGGAGAUGAGAAAAGUAUAUCCGAUUUUGAAGAGAUAAUACACAUGGUAGAAAAGGAGAGGAAUGAGUUGUUAGAAAAGGUUUCUGUUUUGUCAGAUGAAAUUGGUGCUCAGAAGGACAAGUAUGUUCGUUUGCAAGCAGAUUUUGACAACUUCAGGAAGAGAACAGAGAAUGAGAAGCUAACAAUAAGGAGUAAUGCCCAGGGAGAAGUGAUUGAGAGUCUCUUGCCUAUGGUAGAUAACUUUGAACGAGCCAAGCAACAUAUGAAACUAGAGACAGAGCAGGAAAAGAAAAUUGAUGCAAGUUAUCAGGGCAUAUACAAGCAAUUUGUAGAAAUCAUGAAGAACUUGGGUGUAUCUGUUGUACCAACUGUUGGGACAUUAUUUGAUCCUAUGAUGGUAAAACUGAGACCUCAACCCAGAUAAGCAAAUGUACCCUCUAGUCUGAGGGGCUAAAUAAUUUUUGGUGAAUAAAUGUGCUAAUGCUUAGAAAUUUAGUGAAGUUUUGGUUUUCCAAAUUUAGUUGAUUAUUGGUGGGGAACCCUUGAGUAGGCCGUCAGGCUGAGACUCGACGAGAAAGAAAUGAUGCUGGAGCAACUGUAAUGAAGAUACAGUAUUGGAUCCCCUUACAUAUUAAAUCAGGACCUGGUAUCCUAGUUUGACUGGAUUAGUUAUCCACCUAGAAGUACUAUGAUAGUUGGCCAGGUUGUAAAACAAUGUAAACCAAGCCUAUAAGAACUGAACCACUAUUAUGGGUUGCAAUCAUUUUUGCAAGAAAAGUAGGCUGUUUUGGAAGUAUAUUUGUUAUACGUCCAUGAAUUCACAAGAUUGCCUACUCCAAGAAAGUAUGGAGAAUUAUAAACUCCCUGGUGUUUCGAAUUCUGAUUUCUUGUUUUGGCCUCCCCAAAAAGAAUUGUUGUUUUCUUUGAUAUUUCUUCAUUUGAUGUAUCCUUUGUGUAUAACAGAAAUGAUUAAAGGGUUCAUCUACAUGUUUUUCACUAACUCUAUUGGAAUUCCUGUAUUCUGUUCACA